AUGGAAUUAGGUGACCCAGCAGCAACUGAAACAGCGGGCCAGCAUAUGAAAGAUGAGUUGUCUGCUAAGUGUCAAAAACUAUUUUUGGAGUUCUUAGAGGAAUACAAAGGCAAAGAUGGAAACAAUUUGUAUGUGUCGGCAGCAGAAGAGUUGAUUAGGCCAGAGAGAAAUACUCUAGUGAUAAAUUUUACUGACAUUGAAUAUUACAACCAGCAACUUGCGACUACAAUACAAGAAGAAUAUUAUAGAGUAUAUCCUCAUCUUUGUCGAGCUGUCCAUAAUUUUGUCCGUCAACUAGGCAAUACUCCAGCAAACAAAGAGUUCUAUGUUGCAUUUUCAGAUUUCCCUGCCCGACAAAAGAUACGUGAACUCAGUUCUUUAAAAAUUGGGACAUUACUACGCAUUAGUGGGCAAGUGGUAAGGACUCAUCCUGUACACCCUGAACUUGUCAGUGGAACAUUUCUUUGUAUGGACUGUCAAUCUGUAAUCAAAGAUGUGGAGCAGCAGUUCAAGUACACACAGCCCACUAUCUGCAAAAAUCCUGUCUGUGCAAACCGCAGAAGGUUUACGCUGGAUACAAAUAAGUCUCGCUUUGUGGACUUCCAAAAGGUAAGAAUUCAGGAAACUCAGGCAGAAUUGCCUCGUGGUGCAAUUCCACGCAAUGUAGAAGUUAUUCUUCGUGCAGAAGCUGUUGAAACUGCUAUGGCAGGGGAUCGUUGUGAUUUCACUGGUACAUUGAUUGUUGUGCCUGAUGUAGCUGCUCUGUCAGUUGGAGAUGCGCGACUAGAGACUGGUGCAAAAGUAACAGGUGGGCAAGGAUUUAAUAAUGAAGGUGUCCAAGGUCUGAAAGCAUUGGGUGUUAGAGAUCUGUCUUAUAGAUUGGCUUUUUUAGCAUGUUACGUGGGUGCUACUAAUCCAAGGUUUGGUGGCAGAGACUUGAGGGAGGAAGAUCAGACUGCAGAAAGUAUAAAAAAUCAAAUGACUGUCCAAGAGUGGGAAAAGGUAUUUGAAAUGAGCCAAGACAAAAAUUUGUACCACAAUUUAUGUACAAGUCUCUUUCCCACAAUACACGGCAGUGAUGAAAUUAAAAGAGGGGUCCUUUUAAUGCUGUUUGGGGGUGUGCCAAAAACUACAAUGGAAGGCACUUCUCUGAGAGGAGACAUUAAUGUAUGCAUUGUUGGAGAUCCAAGUACAUCAAAAAGCCAGUUUCUCAAGCAUGUGGAAGAAUUUAGUCCUAGAGCAGUAUAUACUAGCGGAAAAGCAAGCAGUGCUGCAGGAUUAACCGCUGCUGUUGUAAAAGAUGAAGAAUCACAUGAGUUUGUGAUUGAAGCUGGAGCUCUGAUGCUUGCAGAUAAUGGAGUUUGUUGUAUUGAUGAGUUUGACAAGAUGGAUUUGAAAGAUCAAGUGGCCAUUCAUGAGGCAAUGGAGCAGCAAACAAUAUCAAUCACCAAAGCUGGUGUAAAGGCCACUUUGAAUGCCCGCACAUCCAUUUUGGCAGCUGCAAAUCCUGUUGGUGGAAGAUAUGAGCGAUCAAAAUCUUUAAAGCAUAACGUCAAUCUUUCAGCUCCUAUAAUGUCUAGAUUUGAUCUUUUUUUCAUUCUAGUGGAUGAAUGCAAUGAGGUGACAGACUAUGCAAUAGCGCGGAGGAUAGUUGAUUUACAUGCACGCAAUGAGGAGUCUAUAGAGAGAGUUUAUUCGAUUGAGGAUAUUCAGAGGUAUUUGCUGUUUGCCCGUCAAUUUCAGCCUAAAAUUACUAAAGAAGCAGAAGAAUUUCUUGUUGAACAGUACCGUCGACUUAGACAGCGGGAUGGAAGUGGAGUAGCCAAAUCCGCAUGGAGAAUUACAGUCAGACAGCUUGAGAGCAUGAUACGAUUAUCCGAGAGCAUGUCUCGUAUGCACUGUUGCGAUGAAGUUCAACCAAAACAUGUAAAGGAAGCUUUCAGGCUGAUAAACAAAUCAAUUAUUCGUGUGGAUACACCCGAUGUCAGCUUUGAUCAAGCUGAAGAUGAAAAGACCAUGGAAGGAGCCGCUGGUAGUAACGGGUCUUUCUGUCCCCCUGCACCAAUUAAUGAAGCUAUGGAAACAAACCAAGAUGAAGAAACAAAGGAACAACCUGCUUCAAGUGCUUCAUUAAAAAUGACUUUUUCAGAAUAUAAGCAGAUUUCCAAUUUACUUGUCUUCUACAUGCAGAAGAUGGAAGAAUCUGAAGACUGUCAGUUAACUAAGAGUGACCUGGUGAACUGGUAUCUUAAAGAAAUUGAAAGUGACAUUGAGACUGAAUCUGAACUGAUUUUUAGGAAAAAUUUGAUAGAAAAAGUAAUCCACCGAUUAGUUCAUUAUGAUCAUAUACUCAUAGAAUUGUGCAAGACUGAUUUAAAGUCCAUAGAUGGCAAUGAGGAGGCUUCAGAAGAGAAUCGUAUAUUAGUUGUUAAUCCAAACUAUGUUUUAGAGGAUUAA